GGUUACCGGAUUGGGGUAGCUGUGUUUUUCCCUUGGGCCAGACAGAGAGGAGCCAGAGCGAGAAGCAGGGCGAUGCUGGGAAGAGGAUAGCCGCGAAACAUCUUUCGUGUGUUCCCCCACCUUCUUGUCUUUGAAGUUCUUCUUUCUGUCUGUCUCUGUGUUACGCAUAUCAUUGAGGGUUCUGUAUAGUUUGGAGAUAUUCUUGGGACUUUUUGGGAAUUGGCAGUCAUUGGCAUCGAUUGCUAGAGAGAGAGCUCCGAGGUAUCGACGGGAGUGACGACAGCUUGACGACAGAGGUUGAGACGACGACGAAGAAGCUUGACGGCGAGUCAUUGAGGUUCUGCACAUCUCGAUUGCAUAUGCCAAUUGCACAUAUCAACACACAUACAUACAUCUGAAGUUCUACACCAGCUCGGCCAGCGCAUCCAGCUCAUCAAUCCUCCUCAACCUCACACCACAACCACAAACCACACACCUACCACUACACACCCCAACAACCACCCACCAUGUCCACGCAACCACUCCUCCAAUCCGCCCCCGGCAAACGCAUCGCUCUCCCCACCCGCAUCGAGCCCAAAGUCUUCUUCGCCAACGAGCGCACCUUCCUCUCCUGGCUCAACUCAACCAUCAUCCUCGGCGCCCUCGCGCUCGGGAUGUUAAACUUCGGCGACCGCCCCGCCUUCAUCUCCGCGUUCUUGUUCACGGGGAUCAGUAUCGCGACGAUGAUUUAUGCGUUGAUUACGUAUCAUUGGAGGGCGAGGAGUAUUAGGAGGAGGGGGCAGGCGGGGUUUGAUGAUCGGUUCGGUCCGAGUGUGUUGGCGGUUGUGUUGGUGGUGGCGGUGGGGGUGAAUUUUGUGUUGAGGAUUGGGUAUGGGGGGAAGAAGGAUGGGAAGAACUGAGGAGGGGGAGAUGGGGGUAGAUAUGGAGGUCUGACGGUGGUACAAAGUUGUGGUGGUGUACAAACGAGCGGGGUGUACAGACAGUAGCAUGGUGGCACGGUGAUACAACGGCGGAAGUGGCGACACGAAGCGGGAGAUGGGCGGGUGUACAGAACGAAACAGAACACAGCGGCGUUUCUAGACGCGCGUGAGUGUGCAGGGCGAUUGGGGG